UGGUCGUCCUCCAAUACCGGUUGUGCUGGCAGGAAACACAGUUUUGGGAGUUUAUAUUUUCAUCGAGGCCACUAUGAUUCCGAGCAUAGGGAAAAUCGGAUCAGAUAGUCAGCAAACCUUCGGGAAAGGAUAUUGAGUUCCAGAGAAGCUCAGCGGUAGCGCUGUUCAAUCAACAUCUUCCCAUUCAUUGGACGCAGUCGCUAGUCAGACGCUCAGCGGCUGUGUGCAGCAGUUCAGGCCUGCUUUUAUGCGGGUAGUGGCCAUUGCAACCGCCUCCGGAGCGCCUUGGAGAAAUGCCAUGCCCUAUUCAAUGGAAAUCCGGCGAACAGGUUCGCUAAAACCAGCAGCACUGGUGGCACUCGUCAGUGUACCCAACGGUCAUGGCUAGAUCUAUUCGGAGACUCUGUGGUGUCAAAUUCUUGGGGUCUGCCUUGAUCGCGGUGUGGAGUUGCAUUACCAUCUUUCUUUUCGUAUUUUUCUGGAGCGAGUGGGACCACAGUACUGCACGACAGCGCCUAGCUUCAUGCGUACACGCACUAAACUCCGAGCUAAACGCCAAAGCACUGCAGACUGAUUCAAUCUCACAGGGCAAUGCAGCCAGAAUCAAGCCAUGGAGCAGCACCAAUGGCUAUGCCCAGAGCGUUGCAGAUCCGCUCAGGAAGAGUUCUCUAACUACAGGUGCAGAUGUGACAUUGCUAGCACCUGUGCCUACACCUGACUCCAUACUAGAUACCAGGGGCAGACAAGCCGCUGAUGGACUAACAGUAACAGGGAAAGUAGUGGAGGCUGGGAUGUCUGCUGCACGGACACUUCAGACUAUGCUUGGUGCUGUGCCACUCAUCAUGAAUGAUGGGGUGGAUAUGUCUAUCAAAGCUGAGGCUACUCCUGCAAUAGAGCAUGAUUUAGCCACUCUGUCGCCACCAGGAGCAAGUGAAGCAAAUGGCAAUAUAGCACCACGCCUUAGCUCCGCUGGUGUUGCUGCACCGGGCCAACCUCAUGAGCCAAACAACGGCAGAGGAAUCCUUACAGCUGCUGCUCGAGUGGCGGGCAGUGUGCCAGGGCUUGCACAAAAAGCAACAGCCAAGAAAGACACUUUUCUAUUGACACUAAUUCUAAGCGCACCAAAGUACAGAGAAAGAAGGGAUGCAGCACGUCUUGUCUGGGUUCAGCCAAUGUCCACAAAGAAACUGCAAGCCGCACUGCUACCGAUAGCAUACAAGUUCAUUUGCGGGCAAGCUAGCGAAGAGAGUACUAAUGAGCUUCUGCGGGAUGAACGAGACAUACGGCAAGAUAUCCUAAUCCUAGAUGUCGUCGAUUCUUACAAAGCCCUGGCAAAGAAAAUGCUAUGGGGUUUCCAGUGGGCAAGAGACAACGUCCACUUUCAAUACCUGAUGAAGACAGACGAUGACGUCUUCGUCAAUAUCCAUGAGCUGUUCUUUAGCAUCUUUCUGCCAUUGAAUUCGGAGGGACACGUGGCUGGGUACUAUGGUGGUCACACAGUUGGUCGCUACAAGGGUAAGGGCGUUGUUGUGAAGCGAAAUCCGCAGAGCAAGUGGUAUGUGUCGCGCUCCGCAUAUGGUCCAGAUCGCUUUCCACCAUACAACCAGGGCCACGGUUAUAUUCUUUCCAUGGAUCUUGUCAAUCUGACCUUGGCCAAGGCAGCCGGUCGUCAAGUCAUACCAGUCGAAGACGCGUACAUCGGCAUUCUGCUGUACGAAAGUCAAAUCAAGCCAGUGCACAACGUGCAUAUUUAUGAUCGACUGACCCGCUCAGCUUGCAACGAUGACCAAGCAGUUCUCAUUGGCUGGGUUCAGCCAGGAGCUCUCAAAACAAUGGUCAGUAACAAAAAUGAAGGGAGGCCACUAUGUGAUAGUGUGGAUUCCAGUGAGGUUCUUGAUGCAUGAACCUGGAUUGUGUAAUGAUUGGCAGCUGAAUACAGCAUUGCAAUGCACAGAUGAUUAACUGUACAUUGUAAAAUUGUCAAUGAGGACGACUCGACUUGAACUCCUAGCACUCCUGCAUUGAACUCUCGAGACUCUGGCACACCCUUCUCUCUCAGUUUGUCUGACUGACAAAAGUUAAGGAAGCAGAGUACUGUCUUAUACCAUUUCUCACUAGCUCUAAACUUAUCUGGAUAUCUUUGUGCACUCCGCACCGUCAUCAGGAGUCAUUGUUCAGUGGUAUUGAAGGUUUGCAACUCCACGAUGAAUGAUAGCUUCAUAUCAGCUGUACCAGCGUACGGUCACGUGUUCAGGCGAAUUUUGCCGAUGUGCAGCCAACGAGCUUGCGGAAGCAUUAAUUGGGCUGGGGCUGCGAUUCACAACCACGCACAUGGAAUCAGAUUGCGUUGUUCAUCAGCCAAUACCUUAUCUCCAGAUGUCAGUGGACAUUAUUCAUGAUUAGCAAGUACAAUGUAA